AUGCCCAAGGAAGUCGCUGACAUCAAGAAGUUCAUCGAGAUCUGCCGUCGGAAGGACGCUUCCUCCGCGCGGAUCAAGAAGAACAAGAAGGCCCACAACAUCAAGUUCAAGGUCCGAUGCCAGAAGAACCUCUACACCCUGGUGCUGAAGGACAAUGACAAGGCCGAGAAGCUCAAGCAGAGCCUGCCUCCCAACCUGCAAAUCGCAGAGGUCCCCAAGAAGAACUAA